GCCCGGUAUCUGAGGGGUCCUGAAAGAGAAUAAACCGUGUAAAGCUACUGCUUUCAGCAAAUUGUUUGAGAGCUACUGCAGCUAUUAGCUUUCUUCUUCUCUUUAUAUUGUUCUUUCCUUGUUUUGAUCUCAAUCAUCCAUUUCUGUCUCUCUGUCCUCCUCCUUCUCUGCGUUAAUUAACAAGGUUUAUCAGAGACAUGUCGAGCUGCAGCAAUAUGGACGUUGCUUCUGAGCAACUUUGCUAUAUCCCCUGCAAAUUUUGCAACAUUGUUCUUGCGGUUAGUGUUCCAUGCAGUAGUCUUUUUGACAUCGUGACCGUCCGAUGUGGUCACUGCACCAAUCUAUGGUCCGUGAACAUGGCCGCCGCAUUUCAGUCACUGUCAUGGCAACAAGUUCAGGCUUCAGGGACAUCCAAUCCAGAGUAUAGAAUCGAGACUGACUCAUCUUCUAUAUGCAACAAUAGGAUUGCAGUGCGAGCUCCCACCACACGUAUUGCAACUGAGGAAAUGCCUGUGAAUAGGCCUCCCGAGAAGAGGCAGCGCGUACCUUCUGCGUACAAUCAAUUCAUAAAGUCACUGUUAACAUACAUGCAGAGAAGAGAUUCAGAGGAUCAAAGCCAACAACCCAGAUAUCAGUCACAGGGAAGCAUUCAGUACAGCUGCAAAGAAUUGGGCACAUUUCCCUCAUAUUCAUUUCGGCUUGAUGCUGGAGGCCAAUAAUCAAGCUAGGAUGGGGAAUUAAUGUGUUCCGGAAAUUCGGAGAAGCGUUUGAUGUCAAGAGCUGCACCACAGUAUGUUUGAACAGACAAUGGCUCUAAUCUUCAUCAUUAUCUAAAUUUUAGUCUGUCAAGCAAACAAACAAUAUGUUCUAACUUUGGUUGUCAUUAAAGAGCAAUUAGUUAUUUUUCUUCGCCAAUGACUUGUAAUUUCUUAAUUGCUUAGUAUUAGUUCAGUGGAUGCAUAAAUUAAAGUAAUUAAUUAUGAUGCUUUUUUCCAACCUCAA